GCCUCCGCUGUCGGCUACUUGAUAUUCGAUAUCUUCGCUGCCGUCGCUCAUACGCCCCGUUGGCCCGGUACGGAAAGUGCGCCAACUUUGAGCCGAACAUUUGAAAGUGCAGAAAGCAGAAAGGACAGGAUAGGCGUUGUCCGGCCUCCUUGAAGAUCCCACUGGCGCCAAUCAAGGACCUUCAUGAAUGCGAAAUGCUGGCGGGCCCAUAAAUUGUAAUUAAACAAGGGCAAGCAAACUGCAGCGAAAAGAAGACGAAAACGAAAACAAGCUGAAAUAACCGAAAUAGCUGCAAAAGCAACAAAUUGCUCGUAAAACUUUUCUGGCUAGCGAGCCAAGCAGCGAAAAAAAGAAACAACAAAAAAAGAAACGCACAUUUUUAUUUAUUAGUUGGCAGAAGUUUUCGCAAAAUGCCAGCGGGUCGAGUGGCUGGGAAAGCCGGCUACUCCAAUCACUACUACAAUGGUCGCUCCUAUGUGGGCAUCAACGAGGAGAUCAUGUGGGUGAGCAUCGGAAUGGGCGUGACCAUAGUCCUCCUGAUUACGAUCGCCCUCUGCUACAUCGCGCGGGAGAAGUGCCAGAAGAGGCAGAGGGAGUACUACGUGACCGCAUAGUUGUU